ACAGUGGACAGCAAGUUUCUUAAACAACUGAAGAAAGAUGUGGUGAAACGGCAGGACGUGAUCUAUGAGCUCAUGCAGACAGAAAUGCACCAUGUCCGGACUCUGAAGAUUAUGAGUGAAGUCUACUGCCGGGGAAUGCUGACAUUGAGCUGAACAAUUUGAGCAAAAAAUUCAGAGAGGAUCUUUCAUGUAUUGAUGACCUGCUGAGGGCCCAUGCUCUUUCGAGCUUAGCGGAUUCUGGAGAGAAAAAAGGAGUCUGUGGCUGAAAAAGCGAGAAUAACUUUGUCAUCAGGGAUUGGGGAUAUUCUGGUGAACCAGUUCUCAGGUGAAAAAGCUGAACAAAUGAAGAGAACAUAUGGUAAAUUUUGUGGUCACCACAAUGAAGCAGUGAAUUAUUUCAAGGAUUUGCUGUCCAAGGAGAAGAGGUUUCAGGCAUUUAUUAAGAAAAAGGGAAGUAGCACAUUAGUCCGCCGUCUAGGGAUUCCAGAAUGUAUACUACUGGUUACUCAAAGGAUAACAAAGUACCCAGUGAUUUUACAGAGAAUACUGCAAUAUACAAAAGAGAAUGAAAUUGAG